GAGCAUGCGCAAAAGUGAGGGCACCUUGGAUACGUCAAAACACUUUAUCUUGCAGUCAGUAGGCAGACAUAGGAAGGAGUAAACUUUUCUGUUGACACAUACAGAGAAUUCUCCGAAAAUGCCCGUCACAUCGACGAUGCAGCGUCCGAUGACGGAGCUGAUCGAUGAACUGAAGGCCAAGAUCGCCCUCCUUGAGGGCGAUCGAAAGGCUUACUACGAAACCUCUCAGUAUGCAAUGAAAAAGAACAGAGAGAACAUUUUAACGCUUCGUCGUGAAAACAAGGAAGUGAGGAAGAAGCUCAGUGACUCCUUGUGUCAAGACCAUCAUGUGAUUAACAAAGCAUUUGGGGAUCGUCCUGUAGAGAAAGCUGCCAUGAAGAAUAAAACUGGAAGGCAAGCCAUCACGAUCAUGGACCACAAAGUGUGUGACACUGUCAAGCGCCUCAACAAUCUGCGCCACCAAACAGCUUCCAAACAAAAGAGAGUUGAGACGCUACAGACUAAGUAUGAACAGAUGGUACAGGAUAGUUCUGAGGCCGUGGCUACAGACAAGGGUGAAUCUGCUGACGCCCAGACAAUGCGGUACUUGGAGAACAGUUAUGAUAAGACUAGUCUUAAGAUUGAUGAGGCCAUGCAUCUAAAACGAAUUUAUGAGGACAUCAAGAAGAAGCUGGAAGUGGAAGCUGAGAAAUUCCCAUGUGUACUUGAUGCCAUGGAAGCAGAGAUCCGCAGCACAAGAAGUGAACUUAAGGAACUCAAGGCUAUGCACGAUGAUGCCCAGAUCUCAAAAGAGGCUGCCCAGGCAGAAUUGGCAAAGAAUGAAAAAGUGGUCUACACAGAGAGGAAACAACGCGAGAUAGAACUACAGAAAAUGAAGAAGGAAGCAGAGGAUAAGAAGAUACAACACGAGAGGAUUGAGCGCAGAAUUGCCCAGAGGGGGUCUAUCCAGGCUGAUGACAUUAACCCCCAGGAGAAACAGGCCCUUCAGGGAGAGGAACAGCAGCAGAAGAUCUCUUCGUAUGAAGAGGCCUUCCGACACAUCAAGGAGGCCACUGGUGUGUCUGACACUAUGGAAGUGGUCCAUCGGUUUGAGGGCCAAGGAGCCACUACCAAACACCUAGAAGAUCUCAAGAAUCAGAAUGAAAAGUCCAUCACAAGGCUGCGUGAGGAUAAGGAGAAACUUCAGCAGGAGUUUGAGGAGAUGAAGUACUCUGGAGAUGCUAAAUUAUCCAGUGGACAGAGAAUGCUGGAGGAGUUCCAGGCCCAGCUACAGAAGGAGGAGACCCGACAGGAAGAGACCGAGGAGACACUUCACAGGAACAGCACCAUCAUGGUGUCUGUCAAGGCUGGUGUGGAGCACCUGACUGACAAACUACACCACCUGAAGGCAAACAAAGGACAUGUACCAACAGCACAGAUUGCGCCCACAUCAGAUGAAUAUGUCCUGGACCAGUUAUCUCUGUGUGAGGAGAAACUUCUAAAACUGCUGGAGGAACUGGAUGGCAAGGAGAUCAAUGAAAUCACCAAGCAGAUGGAGGAGGAAGAGUUCCAUGCUAGUAUGGAAGGGAAACUGCCACAAUACAACACAAGAGUUAAGUUGCCCCAGAAAGAACGGGAUAUGGGAUUUGAUGAUGAAGAUGACAGUGGUGAUGAUGAUGGUGAUGUUCCGGGCCGCACCGCAAUUAAGAAACAAUCACAAUUUAUUGUUGAUUCCAAGACAAAACGACGCACCACAAAGAAGAAGAAGAAGAUGAAGUAAUAUGUGUAUAAGGAGAUUGUGACUUGCAGAAAUGUGAAUACAACUGACACAUGGACACUACAACUGACACAGGGACACUACAAUUGACACAUGGACGCUUUGACUGACACAUGGACGCUACGACUGACACAUGGACACUACAACUGACACAUGGACACUACAACUGACAUAUGGACACUUCAACUGACACGUGGACACUACAACUGACACGUGGACACUACAACUGACACAUGGACACUACAACUGACACAUGGACACUACAACUGACAUAUAUGGAUAGAAAAGACUUGUAUGUAAACAACCGACUCAUAUGGACAGACUUGUAUGGAUAGAACAGACUUGCAUGGAUAUGACCCAACUUGUUUGGAUACGAAUGACUUGUUUGGAUAUAACCUGACUUGUUUGUAUACGACUGACUUGUUUGUAUAUGACUGACUUGUUUGUAUAUGACUGACUUGUUUGUAUACGACUGACUUGUUUGUAUACGACUGACUUGUUUGUAUACGACUGACUUGUUUGUAUACGACUGACUUGUUUGGCUAAUGAUAAGACUAACUCCACACUGGUACAAAAAGACCUACAUGUCCCUCCAACAGUACAUUCAUGAUGCAGUGUCAGCUAUCACUGUAGUUAACAGAAGGAUACUGAAGAGCCAGCCAAACCAGUGUGAGACAAAAGACUGUGUUACAAUGUAGAUAUUAUCUGUUCUCUACCUAUUGUUUGUCCUCAUUGUUGAGGUUACAAAUUAACAAAUUUAAAAAAAAACAUAUUUAUUUGACUUUCAUUGUAGUUCCUGAAGUUAUACUAUCAUGGCAAUCAGAGAUUUUAUUUCCUGGCAAUGGAUACUGCCAUGACUGAUUGUAUAGUUGUACAGCCUGUCUAUAAUACAGAUUAACUAUAUAAGUGCUGCUUUGUAAUCAUGCCAGUUUAAAAAUUUCACAUUAAACUUCACAGCAUUCCUUUAUUACCUAGAUUUUGAAGUUUAAAGGUUAAAGUCAGGAAUUAAUAAACAGACGUUUAUCUUA